AUGAACCCGAGUGAUGGGGGCUCAGAGGAGUUGCCACCACCACCUGCUCUGCCCCCCGACAUGGUGCCCAUCAAAGCAGAAGAAGAUGUCGCUGAGGAACUACCUCCAAACAAGCCUGCAAAGACCAAGAGGCUCCCAAAGGCCAGGCCCGGGCUUGGGAAGAGAGGGCAGACCAUCCAGCUACUUGCUAACCACUACAAAGUUUCCAUGAGGAGUUCAAAUGACUUUUUCCACCACUACCAUGUGAGCGUACUUGUUAAUCUGAAGUAUGGGGAUGAUCAGCCUGUUGUUGGAAAGGAGAUAGUGCGAAAGGUGCUGGAUAAACUGCAGCAUAUGUACCGUUCCGAGCUCGCGAACAAUGAAUUUGCAUAUGAUGGUGAGAAGAGCCUCUUCACAAUUGAGCCUCUUUACAAUGAGUUCACUGUAGUGUUGGAAGACAUCGGAAGGGGAAAGUGUUCUGGAGGUAAUAGUGGCAGCAGUCCUGGAGGUAGUGACACGAAGAGAGUAAAGAGGUCCUACCAGACAAAGAUUUUCAAAGUGGAGCUUUGCUUUGUGGCGAAAAUCCCUACGGCCGCAAUCACGCAGGCCCUUAGAGGUCAAGAAUCAGAGAACUCUCUUGAGGCUCUUCGAGUUCUUCAUAUCAUACUGAGGCAGCAUUCUGCAAAACAGGGCUGUCUUCUACUCCGCCAGUCAUUUUUCCACAACAAUCCUCGUAAUUUUCUUGACUUGAAAGGUGGUGUGGUGGGGUGCAGAGGAUUUCACUCAAGUUUCCGUGGUACGCAGAGUGGACUCUCCCUAAACAUCGAUGUUUCGACUACCAUGCUAGUUAAACCUGGUCCUGUUAUUGAUUUUCUUCUUGCAAACCAGAUGGUUGAUCACCCUAACAGAAUUGACUGGUCAAAGGCCAAGCGUGCUCUCAAGAACUUGAGGAUAAAAACCACUCUUUCUAAUUCAGAGUUCAAGAUUUUGGGUUUGAGUGAGAAAAAAAGAAACGAACAGACGUUUCCAUUGAGGCGCAGGGAUGGUGACAAUGGAGACACUAAUACUGUUGAAAUAACAGUCUAUGAAUACUUUGUACAUAAUAGAGGCAUAGGACUGCGCUAUUCCGAUCUUCCCUGUAUCAACGCUGGGAGGCGAAAUCGUCCUACGUACUUCCCUCUGGAGCUCUGCGAGCUCGUUCCUCUGCAAAGAUACACCAAAGAUCUGUCUAUUCUGCAGAGGUCCUCACUUGUGGAGAAGUCCAGACAAAAGCCUCAUGAAAGAAUGUCAAUACUUAACGAUGCACUUAAACGUAGCAAUUAUGACUCUGACCCCAUGCUGAAGGCAUGUGACAUUUCCAUUGCCCGACAUUUUACUCAAAUUGAAGGGAGGGUCCUGCCAGCACCCAAGCUGAAAGCCGGUAACGGUGAAGAAUUCUUCCCACGCAACGGAAGGUGGAAUCUUUCAAAAAAGACGCUGAUUCGGACAUGUUCUGUCAACAAAUGGGCAGUUGUCAAUUUCUCUGCAGAGUGUGAUGUUCAUGGUCUUGUGCGAGACCUUAAAAGGAUUGCAACUGAAAUGGGGAUUAAAAUAGAGUACCCUUAUUGUGAUGUAAUUGAAGAGAGCCCGUCGGCAAGAAGAGCUCCUGCGUCACGUAGAGUGGACGAGAUGUUUGCUAAGAUAAAUUCCAAUCCACCUGGAGACCCCAAGUUCCUCCUGUGCCUUCUUCCUAACAGAAAAAACUGUGAAAUUUAUGGUUGGUUCAUGUAUUCGGUUGUCGUUAUUUGUUACCUGAUUAUCUGUUGCAGAAUAAAUAAUUUAUAUGUUUUUCAACCAGGGCCUUGGAAGAGGAAGUGUCUUGCUGAAUACGGCAUCUUCACACAAUGUCUAGCUCCUCCAAGAAAAGUCAACGAUCAGUACCUGAUUAAUGUGUUAUUGAAGAUAAAUGCUAAACUUGGUGGUCUCAACACAUUGCUGCAAUGUGAACUAUCCCCUGCACCUGCAGUACUACCCAUUGUGGGGAAGCUGCCUACUAUCGUCUUGGGGAUGUAUGUGUCACAUGGUCAGCCUGGGCAAUCUGAUAGGCCUUCCACCGCUGCGGUGGUUAAUUCUCGCGAGUGGCCUCUCAUCUCUAAGUACAGAGCAACAGUGCACACUCAAUCACCCAAACUAGAAAUGAUGUCCUCCUUAUUUAAACCAUGGGGAAAGGAUGAUGGUCUCAUUCGGGAAUCGCUUAUCGACUUCUACAGUAGUUCUGGUAAUCGAAAACCAGAGCAAAUUAUUAUUUUCAGGGAUGGAGUUAGCGAAAGCCAGUUUACUCAGGUCAUCAACAUUGAGCUGGAGCAGAUCAUCGAGGUAGUGUAUUUGUGUGAUGUACAAGUAAUUACCCCGCAUUGGACAGUGUUAUUUCAUUUACUUUUAAUCAAUGCAGGCCUGCAAGUUCCGGACUGA